CCAAAUGAUAACAACAAUUAUCCUAUUUUCAUUUUGAUAAUAUCGUCCAAGUAGAGCAAGCAGCACUACUAAUGCACAAAUACACUACCAUCCGAAAUAUAACCUCAGCACACCUUAAGCCCCCUCUACCUUCACCUUGACUCAACGGCACGAAAUUGUCUUGCACUCGUUUGAAAUUUGAAACGUUGUUCAAGUUUCAAGAAAUGAAGGAUUGAAAAUCAGCUGUCACUUGAUAAACAUUGUUUUUGUUUACGUUUUACGAAGAAGAGCGGUAAAUUUUGCGAUUACGCUCUUCCCAUGCCUGUUUUGCGUUUUGUGAUGCCUGCAGUGAAGCUAGAAAUGAUUAAUAAAAUAAAAUUAUCAUUAGGGCGUCUUUCGUUUUCAGACUCAUUACAUUAUGAUUUGAAAUCGUUGCUGUAGUGAAGUUUUGUGUUAUGUGAAAUAUUCACCAUUAUUUGAUUUGAACUUUAAUCUACAAACACCCCUCACAUUUCAUGCCAAAGGUCAAUUCUAAUAAAUUGCCUCAAACAAAUUGGUCACAAGUGAAACUGUUUUGUUAAUGAAAGAAAAAAAGACAUUAGAGAAAUGACUUGGGAUAAAUGACAAAAGAUUCAACAAACGUCCAUACUCAGAAACUUAAACUAUGUCGAUUUACAUCCAUGUCAUUCUUUGAUUCGAAAUAUUUGGGUUUACGAUUCUGUCUUGAAGUUUAACUAUUAGAUGAAAAUGUUGAAGAGGGAGAAUCUGAUGAGUUGCAAGACAUAAGCAACGAAAAAAUGAUGGAGAGUGCCACUGAUGAAAGUUAUGGGAUUGACUUCGACAAAGAAGAACUUCUUGAUGGGGAAGAAGUGGUCAUGGAGGGCCUCCCCAACAUUCAAGAUCAUUCUGAAACCUUACAGGUGAUUCAUUGUGAAGAAGAUGAUUCUGGAAAUGUCUUGGAAGUUGAUCCAAGACAUCGCAAAGUUGAUAAAGAUGAUCCUAGAAGUAGAUUACAUUAUAUUAAAUAUCUUAAGAAGGAAGGCAAACCCAUGAAAAUGUGGGAGUGUGGAAUUUGUGGUAAGGAGUUUCGCCAUCAAUAUACGUUGAUGAGACACUUGCCAACUCACACUGAUGAGCGCAACUACAAAUGUGAAGAUUGUGGUAAAGCAUUUAGACAGAUGAGCACAUUAUCUCAACACCGAGCUAUACAUAGUGACGCUCGACCUUAUGUUUGUGAAUGCUGCAAGAAAACUUUCAACCGAGUGUCAACUUUAAUAUCUCAUCGCAAAACACACUCUGAUAGUAAGCCCCACAAGUGUCCUAUAUGUUUUAAAGGAUUUCACCAGAAAGGCAAUUUAAGAAACCAUGUGUUUACUCACACCAACGAAAGGCCAUACAAGUGUGAGAUUUGUGAGAAAGGCUUUAAUCAGAUGUCUAAUCUAGUUUGUCAUAAGGCUCAUGUGCAUGGUGACAAAUCAAGACAUGUUUGCAAUAUGUGUGGAAGUGAAUUUUUAAGACGAUACGCUCUUCGUCUUCAUCAAGAGUACACACAUGGCAUAGUUUAUCGAGGAAGCAAUAGAGUUCAACUUAAAAAAGCCUUGGAGGAAUCUGAAGAAACCAGAAAUGAUGAUUACAGAGAAAAUAUACCUACAAAGAAGACUAUAAGAUUACUUAAUGUAGAAAAGGCUAACACUGCAGCUACAUCCAGAGCAAAGCAUACAGUUACCAAACAAUCAUCUAGAACUUUGAGUGCAGAGACUAAGGUAUCUCCAUCAUCAGAAGUCAUAAUUGACCCAAUUGAAACUAAAGCUAUGAAGAAUGCUAAAGAUUCUGGCCAGACUACAUUUGCUCUUUUUAAACCUGCUAAAGGUAUACCUGUUCUAGUGAAGGUCAUGCCUGCACCAAAUAAUAAACAGAUGCUGGUUCCUGCUACUGUUGAAGAUCUUAAAUCAGCUGGAAAAAUAACUGUCUCACCAAACUAUGAUUCAGCAAACAGUGGAAGCCCAAUCAAAGCUGUGCAGAUCAAGGUUCCUGUAGUGGCAACAGUCAUCCAAAGAGUGGGUGAAAAUGGUCAACUUACUAUCAGUGUGGAGAGCCCAGGACCAGAGCAAUCACCAGAAACGUUAGCAUCAGAAGAAGAAGGUGGAUUAGAAGUUCUGCCAGAAGAAGCUGAUGAGGUAGGGGCAGUGGAGGUUGCUACCGAAGUUGAAGCAGAAGUUGUGGAAGAUUGUGAAGAAAUGGAUCAAGUGGAGGGAGAGGGUGAAGAGGAAGGCGAUGUUGAAGGUGAAGGAAAUGUGAUACAUUACAUAAAUGAAGAUGGUACCGUCGUAGCUAUGGAUGGUACAGAAGGAGCUCAAGUUCAAUUCCUGGAGGAUGAUGGAACUCUAAUGGAGGGACAGCAAACUGUAAUCAUGCACCCUGAUGCAACAAUAGUCUCUGACAAUGAAAAUGAGCAUCAAACUGAAGAGUACCUCAUUGGAGAUCCUGCAGCGGAAAUAUUGCAAAUGGAUACUGGUGGAGAAAUUCAGUUAGUGAGAGCAAAGGGUGAUGGAACCUAUGAAGUAAUAUCUGAAGAAGAAGCAGCUCUUCUCCUGCAAAAUCAAGAGCAAGCGAUAGAAAUACUUGAAGACAAUAGUGAUGUUCAGUUUCAGCAAAUGCUGGAAGAAGGAGAUGAUGGGGAGAUAUUGGUAAACCAGGGCAACCUCUCUGCUUUAGUCAGUGCCAUUCGCUCUGCAGGUUAUGAGGUUCUACCUGGUGAAGAAGAAGUCCACGGAGAGAUAAAACCUGAUGCACCCUUUACUCUUAAAACUGAGCCAGUUCAAAUGGACUUAGAGGAUGGGGCUGACUACCUUUGAAGUUGCUGAUAUUGGAUGCUGUAUGUGAUACCAAAAGUAGGAUGGAAACAAAGUACCUCAAGAUGCUGCUAUCAUCAUAGGUCCUACAAAGUCCUGCAAGCCCUGUCAUUAGUACAAUCUUGCUGGAACCAACACUAAAAUUUGUUUCAAUUAAACUUAAUAUUUAUUUUACAAUAGGAUCUCCUAUGCCCAUGCAUCCCCAAUCCAGGUGUGGUGUUGCCAUGAUUGAGACUUCAAUAUAAUAUUUUAAGUAGUGAAAACCCUUAACACAAUUCUUAUACGUUCUUUUAAUUGUGAAUUGCACCAACAUUUUGUGAAAACUAUUAUAAAUUUGGGAAGCAUGUUAUUUUGCUGCAUAAUGGUGAAAAAUGCUCUGUAAUUUUAAUUUUAAAAUAAUCAGUAUUCUCUGCCAUUAUCCUUUUUUCCCAAUAUCAAUGCAAAUCCAAUGUUACAAAAUAAGUACAGGUACUGUUGUUUUGUGCUCCAUGUUUCAUAAUGUAUGGAAAAAGUGGUUAUUUAACAACCAGUUUCUAAGUACCGGUAAUGUUUUGUUCUUUUUUUUGUUUUUGUUUUCUUUGAAAUCAAUUUUUUUGACAAUGGUCAGAGAACAAUAUAGUUUGAGCUAUAUUCUCAAACCAUUUUUUAAAAUGCUGCUCCACAUCUCUUAUAGAGCUUUAAGGUUGUAGUGGGACAAAAGUGCAGAUAAGUACAAUAGGUUGUUUGUCUUUAUGUUAGAAUAUUAUAUGAAAAUUUAGAUCUUGUUAAGAAUAUCAGGUCUGUGUUCGUAGUACAUAGCUCAAUGACUGAAAAAAGUGAACUGUCCAUGUAUAAAAUUGAGUUAAAUAUCGAAAAAGAAUUAUAUCUGUUCUCCCUUAGAACUACUGUAUAUCCUAGUUGCAAUACCCCUGUCUCUGGGACUGAAAUAUUGCAAUUCUAGUCAAUUUAUGAAUUUUGUUCACUGAAUUUACAUCGCUAUCAAUACACUUAGCCCUCUUUGAGCAA